AUUUUUAGGUACAGAGGCCGAGCCGGCUGGAGCAGCUGCCGUGUUCCAUAGGAGCAAGAGACAGGACUGGAUGUGUCCCUGCUGUUGGCAGUGAGAGAUGGCUGAUUUCUGCAGCAGGCUCUGGGUGCUGCAGCUGAACCUCUGGGUGAUGGCUCUGGUCACAGGUGGGAUCUCAGCAGCCAACAGCACCUGGAACAGCACAGACAGCGAGUGCAUCACAGUGAAGCAGUACCCGCGCUAUGUGGGGGCCAAGAAGAACACUACCGUCCAGUUCAUCUGCUACUUUGAGGACCCCCACAGCAUCCAGUGGUACAAACUGGUGGACGGCAGCGACGACUUCUACGAGCUGGGUAACAGCACCUCCCGCUACAGCGUCCAGACAACAGGCAACUUCAUCAGCUUCACCAUCUCCGGCAUCACCUACGAGGACAACGGCAUCUACGUGUGUGACAGGAAGAACCUCACGGCGGAGCAGCAGCGGCCGCACUACUGUGGGACAGAGCUCAAAGUCCUGAGUCACAGUAACAUCAGGCAGGUGCAGAACAGGAACACCCUGAAAGAUACCAUCAUCAUCAUCCAGUCCAUCCUGCUCGUCAUCUUCAUCAGCAUCCCCAUACUCCUCUUCCUCAAUAAAGGUGAAGGCAAGGAAAGCCUGGAGGAGGACCACACCUAUGAGGGCCUGGAAGUGGAGCAGAUAGCCACCUAUGAGGACAUCACUCCUUUCCGGGAUGUGAAGGCCAAGUGGACAGUUGGGGAGCACCCAGGAGAAGAGUGAGGUGUCCUGCACCCACCACCAGCAUCCACAGGGACUAGCCCCAGCUCCUGCCCUGGACCACAGCUCUGAUGGGUGCCUGGAUCCCAGGUGUGAUCCCGGGUUACAAACCACCUCCAGCGCCCCUGCACAGAGCCCAAGUCCUGCUAAACCCCUAAAGCCUAUGUAGAAAUUAGGAGACACCUCCAAACCCCCCAGUACCAAACGGGCCCCAAACCCCUGGCAGACCCACACCACAGCACUGAGCUCCUGCAUGGAUAAUGCCACACAAGUACCACGGUGGGUGGUGGGUCUGCUGCAGCCCCCCCAUCCCUGGGAUGGAGAGGACCAGGAAUGGUCACUCUGUGCGCUACAAGGACCCUCCUGGCCUGCAAGACCCCACUGCAGCCCUGGCAGAGGAGCCAAGGUGAGCAGCACCAUGUGGAUGAUAAAGAGGAUUUUGGGCCACUGUUAGCUUUUCAGCCAUGGAUGUGUCCAGCAGCUCUCUGAGGUGGAGGAUCCUCCAAAACCACCUCAUUCUCCCCAAAGACUAGAGGAUAAGGUGGGGAGACAGCUCUCGCCCAGUGGGUCUUGCUCCUCUCCAGCCAAGAGCUGGCCCGUGUCACAAGGAUGUCCCCAUGCUGAGGGACACGUGCGACCUCAGAACUUAUGGGAAAGAUGUACAUUGUGGGACACAACUGUCCAACUGCUUUUUGAAGUCCUAAUAAAGGUAAUGGGUAAAUUCA